GUCGUGUCUUUCUCACGCGCGCGGCCCAAUCGUAAUCUGCCUGCAUGCAAGCAGUCACACUCGUCAGAUUCGUGCUUUCUCCUUUCCCAUUUCUUUGAACACGAACACUCGACUGUGGGACGGCUGCUCCUUCUUCUUUAAGAUAGCAGCUUGCGGAGAUACUGCACCCAUCCCAAGAGCGCUUUAUAAGUCUCACAUCAAGCUCACAAUGACGCCAAUGAUUGAUGAGAGAGCACAGCCAGGAAGUGCUGAAACUGCGCUCUCACUGCUCCGCCCUUUUCCCCGUGCUAAGGACGAUGAGCAUGCUUGGCGUUCCAAAGAUUUCACCCCCGUCAAUGACUCCAUCAGGGGCGGCAUUAGCAACAGCGAUCUCGAAGUGGUAGGAGAGCAGGUCAAGGGGGCUUGGUCCCACAGGGACGCAGGUGCAUCUUCUUCUGACCUCGGCGAGGCCAUCUUCUCGGGAUUCUUGGACACGACGAAGCUUGGAGGAGCGGGCUUUGCUUCCCAAUCUUUUACUCGACCUCUGCCGCAGAAGCUCGACGCGCAUCACUUCUCGGGUCUCCGACUCGUCAUUCGUCAUCCACACGACUCCGCUGCAAGUCAGCCGGCCUCGGAGCCCGGAGGUGGUGAAGCACCUGUGUACAGCUACGUCCUCAACCUGCGCACCGCUGAUCCAGUGAAACGUCCGGAUGGUCGAAACGAGUCUGCCAUCAUUUACGAGUGGGACUUCGACGCUAGCAAGGCGCAGGGCUUCGAUGGUAGCUCCUAUUGCCCCAGCAAGGCUGGAAGUCCAGCGUAUGUGGAGGCACAAUGGAAGGAUUUUGCCGCCACGUAUCGUGGUAGGCCUGCAAAGGACGCAGAGAAACUUGACCCAGCUAAGAUCAAGGGCUUCAGCAUCAUGGCGAGAAGCAAUUUCGGUAAACAAUCUGGCAAGUUCGAGCUGCGCUUGAUUGAGCUGCAAGCGCUGCGAAGCACUGGCUCAGCUUUUGGUGCCAGUGAUGCCCUUGAGCCACGCUUCUCCCCACAAGACGCAUCCAACGAGAAAUAUUCACUGAUGGGGUUUCAUCAAGCUAUGAACCCGUCGAGCGUCCCCCGCUCUGGCGAAACGGAGGAAUACCCCGGAAAGCCUCGCUUUGAGGACGAGGACCAUCAGCAUGGGCUGAGAGCCGCAAAGACAUCGACGACUCUACUCGUCUUUGUCUUUGCUAUCCUACUCGCACUCGGCUGGCUUGUCUGGUCCAGCAAACCUCGCGCUAUGCUGAAAAAGGCUGGCUGGCAGCACUGCCAUGAUAACUGACCAUUGCGUUCACUUUGCUCCUGUAUUGUCCAAGCAGCGCUGAUGCCUCUUAGCUUUGCUCCCUGACUCUUGCUGUGUCUUGGGCGCACAGCCGCUCAAGGCACCGUACACCUCAAGUCUCGUCACUCGCACCGCAAUCUGCCCGUUCUCGCACCAGCGUUGCUGAUCCGUCAUCGUCGUGCAGUCCUGCUUGUCAAAUUUUCAAUGACCGUCAUCCUUGCCGUGGAUGCCGUUGCCUUCGUAGCAAUGAGGGGCACCGACUGGCAAUAGUAUGAACGUCUGAG